GAGCUGCAUGGAAAGCAGUGGCACAUAGUUUCCAAGACUUGCACUCUCAGGGUGUGUGUGUAUGUGUGUGUGAGUCUGUGAUUAGUCAGCAGAGCCAUUCGUUUCGGUACAGAAUGGGAAAGUGGGGCGGAGCCUGCAAGCCGAGUCACUCCUCCCCUGCAGUAGGCGGAGCCUGUUGGUGUGCAGCUGAGAGGGGCCAUUAUAUAAAAGGAGACGGAUGAGUGAGCUGCAGUCUUAAGAAGCUUUCAAGACGUUUGAUCGGUGGUGCAGGAGCACAGACCAUUCCAGAAGAUUCCGUCUCAACAAAACAGUGUCACGUGACCUAACAGGGUGUUUAUUUUCUCUGCAUUGCUCAGUUUGACCCAUUUCCUUUGUGAAAACGCUCUAGGCUCUCUACAGGACUGAGAUCGUCUGAGAAGGACAGGAAGAAAAGCAGAAGCGAAGAGGGUGAUUUCGAAGCAUUUGUUUUCUGAAGCAGGCGUCAUUCGUGUCCUCACGCUGGGGAAGGCAAAACGGACACAUCUCAGCCCCUCCUGCCCUCUACAUUCUCUAACCUCUCAAGUCCUCCGGAGGAUCCGUCAACGGGCUUCAGUCAUGCACCUGAAAACCAUGAAGUGUAACCCUUUCUGCCUUAUCGCUUCCUUGGAGGAUCCAGAUAUGUUUAACAGACCAGAGCAGAGGGCAAGUUUUGAGGAUCUGUUCCGUGCCUUCGACCGAAACGUCACCUUCCAGUUCUUUAAGAGUUUUCGUCGGGUGAGAAUUAACUUCACCAAUGCUGUGGCUGCUGCAGAGGCGAGAGCAAAACUGCACAAAAGUGACUUCAAUGGCAGGGAAGUGCGACUCUAUUUUGCCCAGUCUGUGCACAUUGGUAGUCCACACCUGGAACCUCCUAAACCAGAUAAGCAGUUCCUCCUGUCCCCUCCUCCGUCGCCUCCUGUUGGUUGGGAGCAGUCAAAAGAUGCCACACCUGUCAUUAACUAUGACCUUCUGUGUGCCAUCGCCAGACUAGGGCCAGGUGAAAAGUAUGAACUCCAACCAGGAACUCCCACCACUCCCAGCGUGGUUGUUCAUGUUUGUGAUAACGAUCAAGAAAGCUCAGGAAAUGAGGAGCAAAUGGAUGGAGGCAGACGUCCACGUCCAAAAAUCGUCCAGACCCGUCGACCAGAAUACAGUCCCUCUGUCAUGCAGUGAGCCUAGGGAAGCUCUUGUUGUGCUAUAAUCUUUGAUUUACUAUCACAGGACCCUAUGGGGAUCUGUCAUGGCAUGCAGUUGGUCCUCCACACCACUAGAGGAUGCCUUAAGACAGAACCUCAGCCCUGUGGAGAGCGACAUAACGUAAAUGUCCACUAUCUCACAGGGCAAAGGGGUUCAUUGCAUGCAUUCGAGGGUAGACUGACUCAUUUUUCUGCAGGCUGGGGGUUUUCAAGAGUGCUUUCAUUGGUAACCGUGGCCAUGGAGAACAUGAGUCUCCUAUUGUGUAGUGUUUUUUGUAUUUUGGGAAGCAUGUUGAAUCCCAGUCAGUGGGUGUGAUAAUAUGAUUAGUUUAUUUCUUUUUUGUUUAGCUUUAUAUUUUCAGGCUCUUACUUAAUUAAUACUUGUGUGAGAUUACUGGAACUUGAACUAGAGUAAAUGCUGACAAUGAAGUAAAUAUUUUUGUCAUAAAAUUUGGGGUGUAUUUUUCCCAUUCAUAUGGCAGUUGUAAGUCUUGUUCCACCAUGUGCCUCAGCAUGUUCCUAAAUUACGAAUCGCGAUUAAGGGCUCUCGUAUAAUUUUUUAUUUUAUUUUUUUUGAUCUAGAUAUUUACAGCUUAAGAUUCAGUUAUACGAGAGUCCAUUGUUUUAACAUUUUUAAUAAACCUGUCUUUUUAAAAAAAGACUCAAAAUGGCCCAAAGUAGUUCUUUAUCCAUUAGGAUGUGCUGAAAGGCAUGGUCCUCAAUUUCAUGCACUUGAGUCAUUUGUAGGACCAUAACACUGUAAUUAGUUUUGAUGGAAGACUGUUACACUCUUUACCAGGAUGAACACCGAUUGAUUUUAUUACAUUGAGCUUAAUAAUGUAUUUCUGAUGCCUUUUACUGUUUGUUAUGUCUGUAUAUAAUGGUAUAUGCUGUUUUUUUUUACUUGGUUUUGAAAAUGUCAUUGACUUGGCAUUGGCCUGGGUGUUUGUCCUGUCAUAAAUAACAGCCAUAACAUGUAAUUAAAAUGUUUUUUCUUCA